AUGGUAUCCCAACGGCGCAAAACUGUCCUCGUAACAGGCUGCAGCGAAGGCGGCAUCGGCCACGCUCUAGUCGACGAGUUCCAAUCGCGAGGCCUACACGUCUUCGCGACGGCGCGCUUCGCCCCUUAUUCAGGGAUCCACUGUCUGUCGCUGACCAGCAAGUACACCGCCCCAGGUUUCUACGCAGGCACCAAGUCCGCCCUAAUCAGCAUCAGCGAGGGCACGCGUCCAGAACUCAAGCCCUCGGGCGUCAAAUUACCACCCGACUCGCUGUAUAAGGGCGCCGAGGAGGAAAUCGCAGCCCGGGCAACGGGACAGGAUGUCGGAGAACGGCUCGGUACGACGACGGAAGAUUCCUCGCGCGAGCUCGUUGGCAAGCUGUUGAGCGGUGCCUCGGGCAGGCUGCAUGUUGGUAACAUGUCGACUAUGAUACGUAUUGUGACGACGUGGCUUCCGACCUGUGUGGUGGAAUAUCUCACUGUAACAAGCACGGGGCUUGACUACCUACCUACCCUGAGCAUCAAAUAG